CAUGCUCCGCCGCUGGGUAGUAGCAGGCGGGGCGGCUCGUGCUGGUCCCCGGCCGGCCGAAGCGGCAGCGGCUGCGGCGCGGGACAGUGUGCGGGAACCGCUCGUGAUGGGUCCUGCCACCAUGAUGGUUCAAACCUGUGAGUUUUGAUGACACUGCACCAUGUACAGUGUGGAAGAUCUCCUGAUUUCUCAUGGAUACAAACCAGCUCGAGAUGUCCCGGCAGCACAAGAGGACAAAUCAGAGGGAUGUCAGCCAACGAGGACAAGAACCCGAGCUGGCCAAGGCCUAUUGAAUGGGUAUGAGGAUGGCCCUACAGCACAUGCCCACAGUAGGAAGUCCCUGGGGACAGGACAUGUGAGCAGCUCUGAAAGCCGCAGUUCCAAGCCAAGAGGCCACAGGGAGCGCCAAAGCACUUCUGCUUCUAGAACUCCUGAGGCAGGGUUUUUACAUCAGCCCUCCUUAGCAUGGUCCUCUCAGCCCCAUACUGAUAGCGACCACACCUAUAGAAGCAGAGGAAGGCAGGAGGGCAGUGGCUUGCUGAGUCCCAGGGACCAGGAAGAGCUGGAGAUCAGAGGAAUGGCUCAGGCCCACAGUCUGCCCAUCCAUGUGAGAGAGAGUCUAUGGGAAGUUGCAGGAAGGACAGAGCAUGUGAUAAAGAAGGCUGUUUGGGAAGAAGAUCUGAGGAUGCCUGCCCCUGUUAAGUGGCAGAAUGUGAGCUUGGAAAGCUGGAAGCAGCCAAGGAAGUUAGGAAGGCAAGUGUCCGAUGGUGAGAGAGGGAAAAUGUUCCGGGACCAGUUCGUUCAAGGAGAGCACAUGCUGGCAUCUCAGAACAAAAAGAAAUUCCAGUCAUUGCCUCGAGUUCUUUCUCCCGAGAGCCUGAGUUUCACAGAAAUUUCUGUUCCACUACACAAUGAGCACUUAACAGGUGUCCCCAAAGUGCCAUCAUACCCUCCCAGCUGCCCACCACCUUUGGAACCCACAAGGAACCUUGAGAAGGCGAGUUCCUCAGGCCCUUUUCCCCGACCUAAGUUUGGAAAACCCCUUAAAACUCCUUGUUAUGGCUCUCACCCACAGCCCAGGGGAGAAGAUGGAUUUCAGGACCAGCAACACAGGGACCCACGUGGUUCCUACCCAACAAGAAGGAGGGGUUCCAGGCAUGAGCUGGGUAUGCUGGACACUGGCUUAGAGCCUCCAGUGUAUGUGCCUCCACCAUCAUACAGGUCACCCCCGCAGCAUAUUCCAAACCCCUACCUUGAAGAUCCUGUGCCCAGGCAUGUGAACAGCAGCCAGAGUCAACAGCAGCAACUCCCUGAGAAAGCUGAGGCCAACUGUCCAGUUCCUUCUGGCUCUCUUGCAGCUAGGAACCUCUAUGAUGCAACACCUGGCUGUCCUCCUCCAGGUCUUCCUCCACACCCCUAUCGUGUUGCCACCCAUGGGGAUUCUGUUCAGUACAUUCCAUUUGACGAUCCACGGAUUCGACAUAUCAAACUAGCUCAGCCCACAGAAUUCUAUGAGGAGGCAAAGCUUGAUGACAGAGCCUAUAACACUGGUAUCACUACCCAGGAACCAGCUCUUGGGAAAAGACAGUAUGAUGGUGCCCUUUUAUCACCACAGGGUCCAGCACUCCCAUCAGGCAAUGAACAGGGCUCAGCCUUUGCCCAUUCAAGUCCCCGGUGGCUGCGGCGCCAUAUUCCCAUGGACACUGAACAUGGAGUCUUCUCUGGCCAAAUAGAACAGCAUGUCAUGAGAGGACUAGGAACUGAAGUAAGAGACAGCCAGGCAGAAAGCCAUGCCUCUUCCCCGCAGUCACAGAGUGAGGGUACCUGUAAAACCUACACUAAGCUCAAAAAGUUUGAAACUGGGAUUCAGACCAAGAAAAGUUCAAAGAAGAAAACCAAUGCCACCAUAUUUUGUUUGGUUUCUGUCCCGGUUAAAUCUGAGUCACUUCUGUCAGAUACGGAUACGAACAACAAUGACUUAAAGCUGGAAGCUGAUAAGACACAUGGGCUGUGUCAGGGUACAGCUCUGGAAGAACAAAGUCUGCUGAGCAUGUCUUCCACUGACCUGGAGCUGCAAGCCCUCAUGGGAAGCAUGGCUUGGAGAAGGACACCCCCAAGUCAAGGUCUGGAGGAGCCAGAAGACAGCCAAACUGGUGACCUCACAGUCCCCCACCUCACCAAACCCAGGGAGCUCCAGCCUUCUGGCUCAUGGACAGGCCACCAGUACAGAGAUCAGCAGACCCAAACCAGUUUCCCUGAAGACUCCAAAAGCUCGCAUCUGUCCCUUGACACAAAGCCAGAAGGGUCCAGCAACGCAGCACUGACCCCAACAUGCCCAGAGCCCACUGCCUCUGAAGCACACAUGCAUGCAGACUUAGCAUCCAGGGACCAAAAUCAGAAGCCCAGUGUACCUCACCUCAGAGGGCAAAUGUCCCUCAGCCCAUCUCAAAACAGUGCUUUCUCAAGGACCUCCUCAGCCAUAAGCCAGGCAUCUAUGCCAAAAGGGGCCCCUGGUCAGCCCCCUAGGGCCAGCCCUGUACCCAAGCCAGAGGUGGUGAAGGGGGAGUCUAUAGCAGGCCAAUGCAACAGCACACAACUCUUUGGUCAGUUUCUCUUGAAACCAGUUAGCCGCCGGCCCUGGGAUCUGAUAAGUCAGUUAGAAAGUUUUAACAAGGAGCUGCAGGAGGAGGAAGAAAGCCAUGGCGCUAGCGGUGGGGGCAGUAAUGAGAGCAAGGAGGCAGAACAGCCACAGGACUGUACUGAUUCCAGAGCCACGAGCAGGGGCCACCAUGAAACCAGCCAGAAAAGGAGAGCAGAGCAGCAGCCUGCCAUCCUGGUACCAGAGGAUUCAGGGUUCCGGCAAGAUAGACUUAAGGAUGAGUUGGAGAAUUGGAGUGAGGAACCAAAACCUGGCUAUGCAGGUGCCCAUCCUCAGUCCCUGGGCCAGUCACAGGAGGAAGACAGCAGAGGCGUUCUUGUCCAGCAGACAGAUGGAAGACUGGUUGUGGAGCAGCAAAGUCAGGAGGUUCCUAAUGGGGUGUGUGAGCGGGACAUCAGCAUAAGUCCUCGGAGCAGGAUGGCUGCCAAUGACACAAAAGCAGCCCCUUUUUUCUACCUGGCAGAACUGAAAGGAAGUCAAGAACUCACCAAAGUCAACCAGGCUCUAGCCUCUGUGCAGCUGGGCAGAGAGAGCCCUCCAAAGGUGGAGAGUGGUGAGGAAAGAGACACAGAGGUCCUACUGCCUCUUGCUGACAAAUACCGAGGCCUCUCAACACCAGACUUGCGGUCUUUGGGGCUCACACUGGGACAAGAACAGAGUGCCUAUAAAUCGGAGCCCUUGGGUAUAGAGAAUGCAGUGGAAGUCCUCUCAAGUGAGUCUCUGCAGGAGAGGGCAGAGAGGAUCCUGGGCAUUGAGGUGGCUGUGGAGUCCCUCCUGCCAGGUGCCAAGAAAGGAGGACAGAGCCAUCUCCCUGAGCCUGAUGCAAGUGCCUGCAGCUCAGUGUCAUCCAGAAAGGACUCAUGGCCCAGCUUAGCACCAUCAGGGGGCCCCACAGUGACUGCUGAUGCCUUCUAUGGCAGGAGAAAGUGCGGCUGGACUGCGAGUCCUCUCUUUGUAGGGGAAAGGGCCCCCCAGGCUUCUGUGUGCUCAGAUGUGGAUGGGCUCCCUGCAAGUCAGGCCACCAGUCCUGAGCCUGACACAAAGGAUGAAGAGGCAAAGCCACCCUUCAAGUCCACUCUGUUCCACUGCAUGGAAAAGACUACAAACGUCACAGGCUCUGAAAAGAGGCUCAGAAGCCCUUCCAAAGUGAUUGAGAGUUUACAGGAAAAACUGGUAUCGCCCCCAAGGAGGACGAACUCAUAUCGCCUGGUAAGAAUGAGGGAGAUCAACUCCUUGUCUCGGAUGAGGUGUCUGAGCUCCAACAGUGCCAACUCCACGGAGGAGCCUGACCACCUAAAGGCCACCAAGAGUCAAGCCUGGAAAGUAGGUCGUCUGUCCUCUGUCUCUCAGGAUGCCGUCCCUCAAGAAGAAAAUGGGCAUCUGGAAGUGCCAAGGAGGAAGCUGUCUGAUCAGAGCUUGUGGUGUGCAGAGUCCUAUGAUCCCAGCCGAGUGGAGAGGGUAUGAUGGAUGCUGGUGAAGCGUCCCCACCUGUACUAAUGGGAGUGUUCUCCGGUGAACUCACAUGCCUUGUCCAGGCUGAAGCUGGAAAUGGCUGGGUUUUCAGUGUCCUGACUCCUCCUCUGCCCGUCCGUGGGAAAUUGGCCAUCCCGACAGGAUUGUUGUGGCGCUAAAGCAGUGGCGUGCUAACAUCAUCUGUCUUUAGAGCAUGGUUAUAUAAUUCCCAUAUUUAGAAAAGAGUUUUCACCAGUUCCCCUUCCAGGUGGAUUAGGCUGAGCUGGUAAAUAGCUUGGUGUUAAUCUGUGUUAUGUGAAAAUUCUAAUAGGGAAGAUGCAGUGGGUGAUUUUGGUUAGGCCAUAACAUCAUCCAUUCCCUGAGGUAUUUCCCCAGCUCAUGCUUAGGAGUGGGACCAGGCCUCCUCUUGGCAUUUACAGCUAUGGGGAAUAUGAGUGAGGAUGUGCCACCAUUUUUACUACUUGACCUUCGGCAGUGUGGGGUAACUUGUAAGUAACUGCUACAGACUUACAGCAGCUUCUUUGUGUUCCCAAGGGUCACACUCACACAGUAACUUACCCAAGAAGCAAACAUGCUGCGCUCUGCUUUGCACUCAGUCUUCCCUAGGUUUUACUUUCUGUGUGAAUGUUUAGAUAUUCUUUAUAUGAAAAAUAAUUGCUGGUUUAAAAUAGACCAUGGUAACAAAGUAACUAUAUUUCUUUUUAUAAAAUUGCUAUUUUUCUAUGAUGUGUAAACAGUUGUUAGGUGGCAGAUUUUUAAGGAAGUGCUAUUUUAUUUAAGAGUCUAUCCCUGUGUGUGUGAGGGACCCAAGAGGGCCCACCUCGGCUCUACAGCCGUCACCCCUGCUCCAACUUCAGCUCUGCUGCUUUUAACUCUGUGUCACAGAGUGUCAAUGAAGACCAGUUACAAGUUCAUUAACUCUCACAAAGAUGUUUUCCUACAGAUGGAGCUCUGAGGUUACAUUUCAAGACAUCCCUCUCAAAAUUGGUCAUUUUGCAACCAUGUCAACUACAAUUGCCAAAACUCCAUAGUUUUCAUCUUGUAUUUCUGUGGGGAAUCUGCCCCAAGAAGAAACUUUUCUCUUGCCUCCCGUGUUGCUCCUUUGAAGAAAGAUAUAUUUUUGUCUAGAAUGAUCCUGAUGAUUAAUCUUACACAUUCUAAGCAGUGCUUGGGAACAGUACACAGGUGGCGUUGUAUGUGUACAUACGUUGCGAAGGAAGUCUCAAGAGGCCUAUGGUGCUACUCCUGCAUUUGCCUGUAUAGUUUAUGCACUUCUGGCAAUUCAUCAUUCUGUCUGAGGAAGGUAUCCUUGCUACCUAACAUUUUCCAAAAUGUUUGUGCCCUUUUUUCCCUUUCCUACCUCCCCCUUCUUUUUUUGUUUCCUCUUGCUCUCCUUUUGAGACAUUUAGUUAAUCUAUUUUCAGACCCGUCAGAUUUCUUCAGUGUAAGUCCAUAGCUGGUCUGCCCUCUGGCCCUAAGACAGACUUUUAUGGCCUCUUAUCUACACAUAUGCACAAUCUUAUUUUAUUUCCCAAGAACCUCACAUGUUGUGACUGAACCACACAGAACAGAACCCAAGCACACGCCUUCCCAGAUGUCCACGCCUGCAGUUUUGCUUUGUGCCUGUCCCUCAUGCUCAUCUUCGUCCCAAGCGUGGCUCUCAUGGAGAGAGGCAGGGGAUGUAGGUCUCCCUGGGGCAGUGGGCAAGCAGGUUGGUAAUCUGCAGUGGUGGCUGAAUCAUCUGCUAGGGCCAAGUGAAGGUUGAGCCACCUGCUGGACUCUGUGGGGCUGCCCAUCCCUCCUUAAAAUAAAGCAAAGGCAGCCCUGUGCAUGUGUCCAUAUGUGCAGACACACUGACUUCCUGUCUCAUGACCUGACACAUCCAAAGACUGUUUAAGAGAAAGAAGGAUCCUGAAGGAAAGCUGUUGUGCCUUAUGUAUCUCAGUCUGGAAUGGGCUGCUCUUCCAUUUUGUUUGAAAUCAUAUCAUGCUUCCCUGCAGCCAUUCAGUCAAAAUAGCAAAUAUUUAUACUUUAACCUUAAUUUUUCCAGAUUCAAGCUCAUAUGCAAAUCUUUUGGAAGGAAGCGGUAACAUUGAAUUUAGUAACUUGAAAAUUUGAUCUUUAACUUUUCAUACCCAAGGUGAUAUAUAUCUGACCAAAAAUUGUCUUGGUGGGGUCUUGAGUUCAAUACUAACCAUCAUUUCCUAUGUAAAUUUUACACUUUCCCAUGACUGUUGGUAGAAAAAGUUUUCUAUAUUUUGUGUUUGUCAAUUGUUUUUCUCAUUACACAUGUUAGCAUUCAAUAAUUUGGAGCUUGUAGAAUUAAAAGUUAUAAUUUUGACCAUUUGAACUAAAAAUUCUAGGAGAAAUUGUACUUAUGUUGUUUCUGAAAUUGCAGAAUGGAGGGGGAAAUGGUGGUUUGGGGGCUCUUCGGGGAAAUUUUUCUGAAGGAUUGAAGAUGAUGUAUCGUUUAUCAUAUUCAAUUGUGUUUCUUUAAGCCCUGGAGACCCCGUAAAGAUGCAUCUGGCCCCCGGAUAAGACCAUCACAAUGAUAUCCAUAAUUAUAAACAUUUAUUUCCUUUAUUAAUAAAAGACCCUGAAUCAUC